CAGUGUUUGGACAGGUUGGCCUUGGGAGCCUCACCCUUUCACAGGUGGGAGGUAUAAACUCUGAUGCUCUGCUUCAUUGGCACCUCUUGUGCACAAUGGGCAGAAAGAAGAUCCUGCUUUUCCUCGUAAGCACAGCAAUUCUGUGUGCCAUCUCAGAUGCCUCUCUGAGCUUGGUGAAUGGCUGGAACCACUGUGAGGGGCGCGUUGAGGUCUACUACAAUGGGAGUUGGGGCACAGUCUGUGAUAACUCCUGGGACAUCAGUGAUGCCACAGUUGUGUGCAGGCAGCUGGACUGUGGCUUUGCAGUUUCAGCACCAGGAAAUGCCUAUUUUGGACAAGGCACAGGCACAAUUUACCUGGACGAUGUGCAGUGCACGGGGAACGAGUCAUCCCUCUUUGAGUGCAGGAGCCGUGGCUGGGGUGUGCACAACUGUAACCACUCUGAGGAUGCCAGCGUGAUCUGCUCAGGUGCUAAUACCUCAACCCUUGUUUCUACUUCACCACCAUCCAGCACACCUGCUCAAAAAUAUUUCUGUGGUAGCUUCCUUUCCAAUUCAUCUGGAACAAUUCAGAGUCCCUUUUAUCCUUCAAAUUAUCCAGAUAAUGCAGAUUGCUUGUGGGAAAUACAAGUCGUGAACAAUUAUCGCAUUAUGCUCACGUUUGGAAGUAUUCAGCUGCAAGGUGGAUGCCAGUAUGACUAUAUUGAGAUCUAUGAUGGUCCACCAAGUACUUCUCCUCUGCUUGGAAGAAUUUGUUCUGGUUACAACAUCAUGUACACAUCCUCUUCAAAUAUGCUGACUGUCAGAUUUCACAGUGACUCUAGAUAUUCAAAUAGAGGGUUUUAUGCUGAUUAUCAUUCCUUUCCAGCAGAUCAGAACACCACCCUCUUUUGCUUCCCCACCCACAUGCGUGCAGUUGUAGAGAGAAGCUACCUCCAGUCACAGGGUUACUCUGUGUGGAACGCUAGCUUGUCUGACUCUUCUUGUAGACCAAGAAUUACAUCAACCCAGGUUAUAUUCAACAUUCCAUACAACAGCUGUGGUACCCGUAGACAGAGCAGCAACGAGACUUUCACCUAUUCCAACAUGAUAAGAGUAUUUGCUUCUGAUUCCACCAUCAAGAGGAAAAAGGACCUUUACUUGCAUGUGAACUGCAAAAUGCUCCAGAAAACCUGGGUACAAGUAAUGUACACUGCUAAUGACCGUGGUGUUGCUAACAUUGAUGAAACCCAAUAUGGCAGAUAUGAAGUGGACUUUGCAUUCUACAAUUCCUCCUCUUUCCUUUUGCCAGUGUAUAAGUUUCCUUACUAUGUUGAGCUGAAUCAGACUUUGUUCCUUCAAGCUUCUCUUCGCAGCAAUGACUCAAAUCUGGUGCUGUUUGUGGAUACGUGUGUGGCAUCACCUGAUCCUAACAAUUUUACAGCACUGACCUACGACUUGAUCAGAAGUGGGUGUGUUAAAGACCCUACCUACUCUUCUUAUUAUUCACCAUACCCAAGCGUCAGUCGGUUUGCUUUUAAUGCGUUCUCCUUUGUCAACCGCUUCCCAUCAGUCUACCUGCAGUGUGAGAUGGUGGUGUGCAGCUCUGGGGACUAUUCUUCCCGCUGCUAUCAAGGCUGUGUGAACAGGUUCAGGAGGAAUGCAGGAUCUUCCCAGGGGAAAGUGAGCGUUGUCAUCGGACCUGUUCAGCUUCAGGAGGCUCCCAGUGAGAGCAGGAAUGCUGAGCUGCCCUCCAACACCCAGGUGAGAGAGGAGCUCGAGAGCCCUGUGAAUGCUGCCAGCUCCCACGUUCCUCUGGCUGUGGCCGCCGCUGUGCUGGCAGCUGCCAUCCUCACAGUGGGAGGAAUUCUUCUGAAGCGCAAAAUGCAAGAACCCAUCCCCUACCAGAUAAUGUCAAGCAGUGACAGAGGAAAGCUUGUUAGGAACAGCAUGAAUACUACCUGUGAGGUAACUCAUCCAACUGUGUUUGUGCUCAACUCCCUCUCUCCCAUAGGAACCGGUCUCCACCUGGUCAAUGGACAGCACAGAUGUGAGGGCCGCGUAGAGCUGUAUCAUGAAGGCCAGCUGGGGACGGUUUGUGAUGAUCUCUGGGACCUCUCUGAUGCCCAGGUUGUGUGCAGGCAGCUGGGAUGUGGCCAGGCCAUUGCAGCUCCGGGCAGUGCUUACUUUGGCCAAGGCUCAGGCAGCAUCCUGCUGGACGACGUGCGGUGCCAGGGAAAUGAGCUGGCUUUGCAGCACUGCAGUCACAUUGGAUGGGGGAGACACAACUGCCGCCACCAUGAGGAUGCUGGUGUUGUCUGUGCAGCAGCUUCUACAGGUCCUUCCCAGGUAACUCAUCCAACUGUGUUUGUGCUCAACUCCCUCUCUCCCAUAGGAACCGGUCUCCACCUGGUCAAUGGACGGCACAGAUGUGAGGGCCGCGUAGAGCUGUAUUAUGAAGGCCAGCUGGGGACAGUUUGUGAUGAUCUCUGGGACCUCGCUGAUGCCCGGGUUGUGUGCAGGCAGCUGGGAUGUGGCCAGGCCAUUGCAGCUCCGGGCAGUGCUUACUUUGGCCAAGGCUCAGGCAGCAUCCUGCUGGACGACGUGCGGUGCCAGGGAAAUGAGCUGGCUUUGCAGCACUGCAGUCACAUUGGAUGGGGGAGUCACAACUGCAACCACUAUGAGGAUGCUGGUGUUGUCUGUUCAGCAGCUUCUACAGGUCCUUCCCAGGUAACUCAUCCAACUGUGUUUGUGCUCAACUCCCUCUCUCCCAUAGGAACCGGUCUCCACCUGGUCAAUGGACGGCACAGAUGUGAGGGCCGCGUAGAGCUGUAUUAUGAAGGCCAGCUGGGGACGGUCUGUGAUGAUCUCUGGGACCUCGCUGAUGCCCAGGUUGUGUGCAGGCAGCUGGGAUGUGGCCAGGCCAUUGCAGCUCCGGGCAGUGCUUACUUUGGCCAAGGCUCAGGCAGCAUCCUGCUGGACGACGUGCGGUGCCAGGGAAAUGAGCUGGCUUUGCAGCACUGCAGUCACAUUGGAUGGGGGAGUCACAACUGCAACCACCAUGAGGAUGCUGGUGUUGUCUGUGCAGCAGCUUCUACAGGUCCUUCCCAGGUAACUCAUCCAACUGUGUUUGUGCUCAACUCCCUCUCUCCCAUAGGAACCGGUCUCCACCUGGUCAAUGGACGGCACAGAUGUGAGGGCCGCGUAGAGCUGUAUUAUGAAGGCCAGCUGGGGACGGUCUGUGAUGAUCUCUGGGACCUCGCUGAUGCCCAGGUUGUGUGCAGGCAGCUGGGAUGUGGCCAGGCCAUUGCAGCUCCGGGCAGUGCUUACUUUGGCCAAGGCUCAGGCAGCAUCCUGCUGGACAACGUGUGGUGCCAGGGAAAUGAGCUGGCUUUGCAGCACUGCAGUCACAUUGGAUGGGGGAGUCACAACUGCCGCCACCAUGAGGAUGCUGGUGUUGUCUGUUCAGGUACUGCAACAUUUUACUACUCAAAAGUGUUUUCUGUAAAUUGCACCCAUUUUAUCAGUGACCGCCACCACAGAGACAAGUUCCCCUGUUCCAGAAAUAUUGCUGAGAGAAACAAGCUUUCCGGUGGAAUACAGCACUGCAGUUCGAUGUUCCACACCCCAGGUGCCCGUGUGCGGCUGGCCAGCGGCCGACAUGCCUGCGAGGGCCGCGUGGAGGUGCAGGACGGGCAGCGCUGGGGCACAGUGUGUGAUGAUUUUUGGAGCCUGAGGGACGCGCAGGUGGUGUGCCGUCAGCUGGGCUGUGGGCCUGCCAUCGCCGCCCCGGGCAGCGCUCACUUUGGUGCUGGCACAGGCCGCAUCCUGCUGGACAACGUGCAGUGUCGUGGGGACGAGACCUCCCUGCUGCGCUGCCGGCAUGGUGGCUGGGCUGUGCACAACUGUGCACACAUGGAGGAUGCCGGUGUCAUCUGUGCAGGUAGGUGGGUGAUGGGGAUCCAGCUCCAUGAGCGCCUCGUUGUGCUCCAUCCCUUCCAUCCAUCAUCCCAUCCUGCACCUUACUUUUGUGGUGGCUUAAUUUCAAAUUCCUCUGGGAUGCUGCAGAGCCCAAACCACCCUGGAAAUUAUCCAAACAACGCUGACUGUGUGUGGGAAAUACAAGUACAGAAUAAUUUCCGUGUUAUGCUCACAUUUAGAGAUAUUGAGAUGCAGAGCAGCAGGUGCCAGUAUGACUACAUUGAAGUCUAUGAUGGGCCCCCACACUCUUCUCCACUUCUUGGGAGAAUUUGUGCAGGUUCCUUUCGCACGUACACGUCAUCUUCAAACCUGAUGAGCGUUCGCUUUCACAGCGAUUCAAGAUACACAUCUAGAGGGUUUCAAGCCCACUACUCCUCCAUUCCAGCAGAUCACAACAUCGCCCUUACGUGCUUGCCAGACUACAUGCACACAGUGGUUAGCAGGGACUAUCUCCAGUCCCAGGGCUACAAUGCAGAGGGGGUCACCCUGAAUGACACUGGCUGUGAACCGAUGCUCACAUCACGUGAGGUUGUGUUCAACAUUCCCUACGACAGCUGUGGGACGACGAGAGAGGAAAGCAAUGAUACAAUCAACUAUUCCAACGUGAUCAAAGUUAUCUCUUCUGGGCACAUAAUAAAGAGGAAAAAGGAUCUUCUGUUACACAUCAGUUGCAAAAUGCUACAAAACACAUGGAUGCAAGUGAUGUAUGUUGCUGACGAUACUGUGGAUGUGAAUGAAAAUCAGUUUGGAAGAUAUGCUGUAAACAUUACGUUUUAUGAUUCCUCAUCAUUCUUGCGGCCAGUGCGUGACUCUCCGUACUACAUUGACCUGAACCAAAAUUUGUACCUUCAAGCUUACCUUCACAGCUCUGACCCAAAUCUGAUGAUGUUUGUGGACACAUGUGUGGCAUCACCCGAUUCUCAUGAUUUUAACACUCUGGCCUACGAUAUAAUCAAGGAUGGAUGCAUCAGAGAUUCUUCCUAUGCCUCGUACUACUCCCCCUACAGCCACUUUGCUCGCUUCAAGUUCAAUGCCUUUGAGUUCAUCCACCGCCACGCGUCGGUCUACCUGCGGUGCGAGCUGGCGGUGUGCCGGCUGGGCGACUACUCCUCCCGCUGCUACCAGGGCUGCCUGAGCCGCUCCAAGAGAGAGGCAAGUCCUGCCCACGAGAAAGUAGACGUCAUUGUCGGACCGCUAAAGCUUCGAGAAGGAGAUGCUCAGAGCAGGAAUACUGGACUGGAUGUUUCCGUGCCUCCUCCCAACACGGUUCCCACUGCGGGUAACGUGCUCGGGCCUCUCACUGCUGCUGUUGCUGUCCUGGCCAUCGUUGUCUUCGUUCUUGCCGGCUUUCUUCUGAGGCCUGCAAUGAAGAAACCACUUUUACAGAGGAUAAUGUGAAACAAAGGCCAAUUACGAGACAAUCUCAUACUGUGAGCCACCAAAAUGCUUCACUGACAGCAAUCACAUACGUGCCAUUUAUAAGAAGCCAAGAUGGAGUGAAUCCUAGCCUGUUGCAAGCUCCAAAAUAACUUUGUAAUCUUAACUCCUCUUAAAUGAUUUAAGAAUAAUUUCAAUAAUCAUUGCUCAAUUUGCUUGGUGCAGUCAUUUUAUCGUUUUUCUCCUAUUUUUAUCUCCUCGCAUUCUCCCGAGAAUGUUCAUCAGAUACCUUAAAAUAAUGUCAGCUGGAGAAAAAAUAUGAAUGAGGCAAUAACAAAUAUUUUAAGGUUUAUUGAAAGUGAGGAAGACUUAGUUCUGGGAGAAGAAAUAUGCCAUUUGGUGUUGUAGCUGUUCUAAUGGUUGGAAGCAUUGUUUUUAACGCUGAAAAUUUCACUGAAACAAUAAUCGAUCUGUGCUUAUUUAUAAAAUGCAGAGAUUUUUAAGCUGAAAUCUAUUGCACAAGGAGUGUCACCCAAAAUCAAAGGAAGGAAUGUU